AUGGGACUAUUCGGUUCUGCCCCAGCAACACUACCACCUCCCAAGAUCUCCUCAGACGGCGCGCCAAUAGCUCCAGACCGAACCCAACGAGCGAAGUGCUGGGAAGGAAGAGAUGCAUAUUUCAGCUGUCUAGACAAGAACAAUAUCAUCGAUAGUAUAACAGAGAAAGAUAAGGCUGAGAAGUUUUGUUCAGGAGAAGGAAGGAAGUUCGAGGCGAAUUGUGCUAGUAGUUGGGUUACAUAUUUCAAGAAAAGGAGAGUCAUGGAACAUCAGAAGAACGAGACUCUUGAGAAGCUCCGAGCCGAGGGCGCAAAACAGGUGCCCGGCGAGAUGGCACCUCCUGGAAGCUUUGGACAGAGGCCAUGA